CACUAACCCAAGAAGGGAAAAAAGGGAGGAGGAGGCAAGACCACCGCCCACUUUUGGACUUCACUGAGCACAGCCAACUCCUCCCCUCUUAGCCACAUAUCUACUCUAUCACCAGAUCCAGCCAGGGACCUUGGUGUGCAAAAUACCUGAAAUAAUAGCUGAAAGUUACUUUCAGGAUGAGAGCAAGGCAGCUGGCAUGUGGAAUCUGGAGUCUUUGUUUCAUGUUCUGCCUUUUCUGUAUCUUUCUUCACCAAACCACAGCAAAAAGAAAACUGAAGUUUGUGUCCAUAGUAUUUCGCCAUGGUGAUCAUACCCCACAGGAGUUUUUUCCAACUGACAAGCACAAAGAAAUUGCAAAGCAGCAGGGAUAUGGACAGCUUACCAAGCUUGGCAUACAGCAACAGUAUGAGCUUGGCCAGUACAUGCGGAGGAGAUACUCUUAUUUCCUGAAUGUUGUAUACAAGCAGUGUGAGAUUUAUGUUCAAAGCACUGACUGUGAUCACACGCUUAUGAGUGCUCAGGCCAGUCUUGCCGGGCUGUACCCACCGACACAGGGCCAGAUUUGGAACCCCAAAAUCCUUUGGCAGCCAAUUCCAGUUCACACUGUACCACUUUCACAUGAUAAUUUGCUAUACUUACCUUUCUCACACUGCCCAAAAUACAAUGAGCUUCUAAGAGAAACCUUUGCGACAAGGGAUUUCCAAAGGCAGCUCAAGCAGUACAGGCCAUUUCUGAAGUUUUUAGCCACUCAUACAGGAUACCCAUUGAAGAAGUUGAACACUGAAAGAAUUUGGAAGCUCUCUGACACUUUGCAAUAUGAGGAUAUUAACAAUUACACUUUACCUGUUUGGGCCACUCAUGGUGUCAGGACCAAGCUGAUAAAGCUCUCAGAAUUGUUAAUACAAGCGGAAUUCGGGUUCCACAAACAACCACAAAAAUCACGUUUGCAGGGAGGUAUUCUUUUAAAAAAUAUUCUAAAGCAUAUCUCAGAUGCUAGAAAGCCUUCACACCAGCAAAAAAUGGUUAUGUAUUCUGCGCAUGCAGCCACCAUUGUUGCCUUACAGAUGGCACUCAAUGUCUUCAGUGGGAAAUUGCCUCCUUACAGUGCCUGUCAUUUUUUUGAACUUUACCAGGAAAAAAAUGGGCAAUACACCAUAGAGAUGUACUAUCGGAAUAAUUCUUUGAGAGAUCCUCACCCCCUCACUCUCCCUGGCUGCAAAUUUCGCUGUCCACUGGAGAGAUUUACUCAGUUGGUCUCCCCAGUCCUAGUACACUACUGGACAAGAGAAUGUAGGAUGUAG